UUGAACUUCCCGUCGUCGAUCUUCUUUAUCGCACGUUGUGCCCAAACCCAACACACACUGCACUUCCGCUUUUAAAAGAUCAAUCUUUAUCGAGAGUUUAAAAAAAAAAACUUUUCUCUUUUUGCAAAUUCUUUCAAUUUCUCUCGUUAGGAUCCCUACGAUUUACCCGCACGCCGGAUCCCAUCGACCCCUUUACCGCCUCUGCUUUGGGAGUCAAUUUGUUCUCAAGGAUUUUUAGGGUUCCUUAUCAGAAUAUUGCGGUUUUCAGACAGCAUUCUGAUUACGGCGAAAAAGGCUUGGAGAAAAAAAGGGGCAGAUUUCUUUGGAUGGCAAGACUUGUACGCUAGGUUUCUUUCUGCGUGAUAUCAGACGACACAGUGAUAUGGAAACACAAAUUCAUAUACUUGAGCAGGAAGCUUAUUGUGCUGUCUUAAGGGCUUUCAAAGCACAAUCUGAUGCAAUCUCUUGGGAGAAAGAAAGCAUGAUAACAGAGCUACGUAAAGAAUUGAGGGUAUCUGAUGAUGAACACCGACAACUGUUGAACACUGUCCAUAAUGACGAUAUUAUCAAAAGGAUAAGGGAUUGGAGACAGGGAGGAGGAAACCAAGUUGUUCGACAUGGAAAUAACCAGUCCCUCGAUGUUCUUCCGAGUCCUACUUUUUCAGCUUCUCGAAAGAAACAAAAGACGUUCCAUUCCUAUCCAUCGAUUGAUUCUACUAGAAAUAGGUCAUUCAGUAACAGCGUAGUAUCUGGUGCCGUAUCAGCAAAUGAACCCCCUGAAGCUCUCAUUGGAAGAAAAGUAUGGACAAAAUGGCCUGAAGACAACAGCUUUUAUGAAGCAGUAGUUACACAAUACAAUUCAGAUGAGGGUCGCCAUGCGUUGGUAUAUGACAUAAACACAGCGAAUGAAACAUGGGAAUGGGUUGAUCUCAAGGAGAUUCCACCCGGGGAUAUAAGAUGGGAUGGAGAGGAGAAUGGGGUAACGUUAAAUGACAGUGAUUUAAUCCGUGGGAGUAGAAUAACCUUGAGCAAUGGUGGUAGAGGGAGAGGUCCAAGAACUCAGCUAGCAGCACAAAACGGUGGUGAGAGGAAUUUUUUCGAUGAGAUCGAAUUGUUCAACACAGACUCACUUGUGAAGGAGGUCGAGAGAGUUUUUGAUUCUAACCUUCCUGACCCGCACGAGCUUGAUAAGGCAAAGAAGCUACUAAAGGAACAUGAACAGGCGCUUAUUUCUGCCAUUGCAAGGCUCGCAGAUGCUUCUGAUUUCAUAAUGUAGAAGUAGUUAUUCAACUAAGUAUAAAUCGGCUGGAUAUGAUUUAGAUUUUAAUCAAGAAUUUUUCAUUCUAAAAUAGUUUUGUUUUUUUACCGGAUAUCGAAAAAAAUACUUUCAUUCCUAUCCAUAUAAAAGCUUA